GUCAAGAUCGUACCAGUGAACUUGUUCAUUGAUGACACUAGCGGCAACCGAUCAAAAAAAUGGAACAAGUUCGAUAGCUGGUCUCUAACGCCCGCUGCGCUUCUACUCACUGAACGCAACAAACGGGAGAACACGCACUUGAUCGCUGUCCACAACAAAUUGACUGCUUUGGAGAUGCUUCCCUUUAUUGUCGAGGACUUG